UGUGAUGUUAGCGGUAUCAUGAUGUUUGGUUUCUAUGGAAAACUUAAAAAUUCUGGUACUCAACAUGGGAUGAUGUCGGUUGGUCACACAUCAGUUUGCUGAUGUUUCCACUUUCCAUGUAAACUGAAACCCAAUACCAUGACCAUGACACCAGGAGCAUUGGGUAGCAUUAAGCAGUGAAACAGGGUCCAGGCCCAGGGCACUAAAGAGUUGUAAGAAAUGAUAUAUAUUCUGCACCAACACUUAACCAAUGAGGAUACUAUAUAAUAGGCUAACUUGCCUCUCUGCAACAUUGGUCAUGCUGAAGGUUUUUUUCAGAAGUGGCUGUUUGGUGGGUGGUAACUGCAUCAAAAAAGCUAUCAAGUAAUAUAAGCUAAAUAUGGCUCAUACCAUGGAAUGGAGGAAAAGAAGAAAACAAUGACAGCUCAGUAAUGAGGGAGAAAACCACAGAUUCUUCUGAUCCUAAAUGCUUUCCAAUAUCCCAGUAUACCAGCAUGACCUGUGGUUAAAUUGCUAGAGCAUACCACUAUUGGUGGUGAAACUUGAAAGUGUGUUUGUCCUGGUGGUGGGAACUACAGUUGACAGUUGGAGUUAGGUCUUCAGAGUCCAGACAGACUAUACUGUAUGGGCAGCUCUAAUUUUGACAUUUUUAUACACCAGGCAACUAUAUUUUCUGUGGUGGAUAGGUGAUUUAUAAGCACCUUAAAAAUAGCUGUCAGUGAAAUAGAAGCUCCUUGUCCCAUAAAACUGACAUGCUUAAAUUUAAGGAUGUCAAUUUUGAUGUAAUAGGAUUUAAAUCAUCAUGGAAGGCUAAAAGCAAACAGUCAGAGAGUGGCUCUCAAACAGAACCAUUGAAGAUAGAGGAGAGUGAAACCCAGACAAUUGGCCACGAUGAAAAAGAGAGUCAGACGGACCCGGAGCCGGAGGUGGUGGUGCCGCCCGCCGACGCCGCCGUGCAGCCCUCGCUGGUCGCCUUCCUCGGCCGCGCCGUGCCGCUCGUGCUGCGCGAGCUGGAGCGCUCGGAGAAGUCGCGCGCCUUCGACGGCUACCAGCUGAUCGAGGAGGAUGACGACCAGCCGGUGCGGCGCCUGCUGACGCUGCGGCUGGCCGGCCGGCCGGCCGACACCGGCACCACUGGCGACCAGGUGUCGUGCCUGUCGUGGAGCUGCACCGGCUCGGUGGUGGCUGUGGGGUACGGCGCCGGCGAGCACCAGUCCUGGUGCGAACACUCGACCUCACUGGCGCUCUGGAACGUACACCGGAAAGAUCUGAACCCGAACCAGCCGUACCAGAAGCUGGAGCUGCGCUCCUGCGCGAGCUACUGCCGGUUUCACCCCAGCGAGCCGAGCGUCCUCGCCGUCGGCAUGGUCACAGGCGAGCUGCAGCUGUACAACCUGUCCCGUGAGGAGGACCCGCUGCUGGGCACCACGUCGGGCAUCAUCCAGGGCCACCGCGAGCCGGUGAGCGCGCUGCACUGGCUGGCCCGCUCGGCCGGCUACAGCCUGGUCUCGGCCUCGCGCGACGGCCGCAUGCUCGUCUGGAAGUACUCCGAGGCCAAACAGCAGCUGCAGCUGGUCAAACAGUUCCAGCUGAUGGCUGGCCAAGUGCCGCGCUCGGCCGGCCGGCGCGCCGCCAGAGCUGACUCAGAGGCUGGGCUGACGGCACUGGCCUUUAGCCACGACAACCCGGACCAGUUCACCAUCGGGUCAGAGGGCGGCGGCGUGUUCCUCUGCUCGUUCGCCUCCGAGGUGCCUAUCACCGCGAUGACCGGUGAGCGCACUGAGGGCCUUCUAAACCCGGUGACGUCGACGUUCGAGCCGCACCAGGGCCAGGUGCUGGUGCUGCAGUGCUCAAAGUUCCACAGGAACAUCUUCAUAUCGGCCGGCUCGGACAACGAAGUGCGCGUCUACAACACACUACAGAUCUCUCCGCUGCUGUCCAUCAGUCUGGAGGCGGAGGUGACGGCGGCCGCGCUCUCGCCCUCCCGGCCGCUGGUCGUGUUCGUCACCACUGGCAGCGGCGAGCAGCACCUGUUCGACUUCACCCGCCGCGGCGCGCCACUGCACACCAUGCGACUGCACGAGAAACCGCUGGUGGUCACCGCGCUGCGGCUCAACGACAAACAGCCCAGUCUGCUGGCGACCGGCGACGCCAAGGGCGCCGUGCACGUCUGGUCGCUGGCCACCGAGUACGUGUCGCCCAAGACGCACGAGCUGGCUGAGAUCAACCGGCUGGGCGGCGUUCAAACGGAUGGCUAGAGACCGCAGUCAUCUGAACGCUCCCCGCCGACCGCCGCGCCGGAUAUCUAGUCAAGCAGGAAAUCCUCGGCGGCACCCCACAUACAGCACACGGCACGCACACCAUCCCAGCCACAGCAGACGCCGCCACGAUAUAAGUGGGUUUCGUGUGAUAUAUUUGUAAUCUAGUCCGUCCACGGCUGUGCCUCGACUUCUGCUGCGGGCUCCCGAUGUGGUUACUGUGUGUUCACUGCGACAACGCAUCGACUACUGCACGCGUGAUGGUUGCGUUUAUUUGAAACGCAUGAUCUCAGCUGUACCUACAGGGUGUCCCAUAAGUUCGUUCUCACCUAAAUUUUACGUUUUUAGGCUCUCUUGCUUAAAGGCACACUGAAAUUGGUUCGUAACUGAGCUUACGUGGUUGCCAUGGCUGGUAGAAAUAUGCUCCACAGUAGCUAAUUUCUGUAGACAAAAUAGUUUUUGCUAUAGAGCCCGCUUCCUACAGAGACGGCUAACGCCGCAACAUAGAGGUCUCCGAUACGGGUACGUCUCAGUAUUUAGUCAGCACGUGACCAUUCGCGACGAUUGAGGGUGAUUGAGGCCUACCAGUCUGUAGCCAAUGGCCAUCGCUAACUGGACGCACAGUCAGCAAGUGACACCGAUGAUUUGUCGGGAGUCAGUCACUGCAAGUUUAUCCUCUUUCCAGUCAGCCCUCAGGAGUGAGCCAAGUGGCCAAAACUGUGUGGCGCCAAAGUGGCCAUCAAAAAGGUCAAAGGGUUACAAAGUUUGUAAGCAGACUUUUCAGGAUGGAUUACCAGCUGUCUAAGAGUGUUCUUUCGGGGUACAUAACUCAAGGUGACUUAAGCUUUGCUUACCGGAGGACUCAAAACAGUCAAAAACGUCUUAAAAUGGCCAAACAUGAGUUUCGUUAUGCCUGAGGCUAAACAAAACAGAGGGCUGAUGACAUCAACUAGGUCAUCAGGACUAACUAGUCCACGUUCGAAAGGAAACACCCGUCCAAACCCGAAAACAACCCCAUAAGGGCGAAGGAGGAGGCCUCCGUUUCGUCCCGUUAUGUUCCUAUGCAAAAGGUCAGGGUCACUGUGUUGUGGGAUUAUAGGCGUUCUGGAGUUGACCAAGUUGCAAGUGGCAACCUAGAAACAGUUUUGGGAAGCAGAAUGCUUUUCCAAGAACAUCUAGGAGGAGUUUCAGCCCUCAAGCUGAACUCGAACCGCGAGUAUGAACAUAUUUAUAGAGGAGAAAAUGGCAUCCGGAAGGUCGUAGGCCCAUCUCCAGGCAAGACAGUGCAUCAGUGCACAGGUCAAGCAAAGCUUAAAAGCGGUGCAAGGAGACUGUGACAGGCAUUUGUGGCAAGAUCACAUGCCAGGCACCUCAUUGGAUCAAAAUUUCAUAAAAAUUUGUUGGUUAUGCUGAAAUUGAGGCUCGUCGAAGCGUAGCGCUGUUCCAGCCUCGAGGAGCUCACGGCACAUGUCAAGUCAGUCUGGGUUAACUUUAAGCCUACUAUGCAGCCAAACAUGCCGGUUGGCAUGCUGCAGCAUGUAUUCAUGUGUUUGCCUAUUAAAUGAGGAGCCUAUUGAGGGGUCAUAAAUAUAUUAAAACGCAAUGUACUCUGUUUCACAUGCAAACAUAAUGUGAGAACGAACUUAUGGGACACCCUGUAUAUCGAUCUCAUUUAUUUUACUCACGUGACGUUACGACACCUGAUAAGUCAGUUCAUAUGGUGCGGCCUUUAUUGCCUCACCCUAGGACAGCGGAUUGGCCUGUUGAUUUCACGGUUAUCCAUAAUUGAAGUCAACGAAAUACACUUAUGGAUUACAUUUAAAGUUCUCUCCAUUUUGAAGUGGUACCAAAUAUUGAUUACUUAUUGAAGUUCCACAUUAGAAACCUGUUGGAAAUCCCUUUACCAUCUGACCCUUGAGAGAACACGGGAAGCCAGUCGACGUAACUACCUCAAAUGUCAGUGUGCGACUCCGUCGCCCGCGCCUGAUCAUCGUUCAAAGUUGAAAUAAAGCCCAAUUCACCUG